AUGUUGGCCGAUGCUUACGAUUUCCUCUUAAAAUUACUUCUCGUUGGCGAUUCCGGCACGGGCAAAUCAUGUUUAUUACACCAUUUCUUAGAGAAUCAAUUCAAGAAGGAUUCCGUCAACACUAUAGGAAUGGAAUUUGGAACGCGAAUCAUACAUUUAGCAGACAAGUCAAUCAAGUUACAAAUAUGGGACACAGCUGGUCAAGUACGUUUGAUGAAAAGUGUAUCAUUAACACGGAGCUAUUUUCGAGGUGCUGCUGGUGCUUUAAUUGUUUAUGACAUAUGCAAUAGAGAGACGUUUUUGGGUGUCGAUUCAUGGCUAGCAGAUGUUCGUUCGCAUGCAAACCCGGAACUGGUGAUUAUAUUAGUAGGGAACAAAAGCGAUCGAGCAGAUGAGCGAGAAGUAUCUUAUCUAGAAGCAAGUCGAUAUGCUCAAGACAAUGAGAUGAUGUUUUUAGAAGCCAGUGCACUUACUGGAGAUGCCGUCGAAGAAAUGUUUUUCAAAUGCGCUCGAUCGAUUCUAAGCAAAAUCGAAAUAGGGCAAAUCGAUCCAGAGCGUAGUGGGAGUGGUGUACAAUUUGGCGAUUCAAGUUUAAGACGCAUGACACAACGAACACGGACGAGGAAAAAAGAACGCUCUUGUUGUUUUUAGUAUAUUGUAUACACACAAACACACACACAUGCAUAUUACAACUACCUACGACUAUAUUACCACCGUCAUUAUCACCACUACCACCACCACUUACCACCUGCUUAUUACCUACAACAACGACAACCACCAUCUUCAAUACAUACAUACAUAUAUAUAUAUAUGAUAACAGGAAAUGCAAGCAAUAUAUUACAUACCUUCUUUUUGUCUCUUUCUGUAUAUUUUAUAUGUUUAUAUGAUAUAUCAUAUAUAUUUAUAUAUAUAUUUACUUAUAUAAUUAGUAGUAAUGGAUUUCGUUUACAAAUUGUACUAUCUCAUACAAAAGGUAGACAACAAACACAGACAUGUAUUAUCGUCGUCUGUCAUUCACAUGGGAAAAGAAGAAGAAAGAAGGGGAGGUACGAGGGCUAGUAAAUGAGGG